GGGGGUCCCAUCUUGAACCCAAAUAGGGGCCGUCGGACCUCGGCCCCCCCUCCACCCCCCGUCCAGACCCAGGGCAGGGGUAGGGGGAGGGGUACCCUCCCCGAAUUAGAGGAAGAGGGGGUUCUCGCAGAGGUAAGGGAAGAGCUGCUAUACCACCUCCUCCCAGAGGGCUUGUGGAAUUCAGAUGGCUUUGUCCCCAGAGAAGAGGAUCGCCCCGACUCUGGCUUGCCGUGUUUCGCGCGAGUUCCAGGACCCUCAGGCCGUCUUCGAUUAACGCGAUCGUCGGGAUCGAUUCCACUGGCCCCCCAAGCGCCAGCCAGAUCUCUGUCGAUAAAACAGAGAACACGCCGGCAUCGUUAGGCUGGGGGCGCAGGUUUCCCAGGCAGGGGUUGCCAAGUAGGUCUGGCUGGGACAGGUGAUCGAACGCAGAUUUCAGGCGGGAAAAAAACACAUGGGAAAAUCUGGAAAAAUAUAGGGAAUUAUGUUAUUUGUGUGUAUUGAUUUGUGUGUCCCAGGGUCCCUUCAAGAUUGACUGGUCGGUUCAUGGUUUGCUCCCCAUUCCUGUCGCCCCGAAGGACAUGCUGGGCGCUGGCACGCCCCUGGACCCGCCCAGGGCGAGUAGCCCCGGUUCGCAGCCCACCCCCUCGAGCCCAUCCAGGUCGCCGUCCAGGACGGUGCGUCACAGGUCCGGGAGCAAGGGAGGCAGCGACGUCGAGCAGCGGCUGUCGUUCCAGGGGAGCGCGCGCAAGGGCGAGACAGGCCCUCGCAGCCAGCGGUGCUCAGUCGACGCCGGCCAGGAGCCGGAGGAGGGGCCGUCCGCCAGAGGACCCGUAGAGCCUGCGGGAGGACCCGUGGAGCUCACGCCAGAGCAGCAGGAGCAGCUGGCCCAGGAGCAGAAGAUGAAGCAGCUACAGAUGGUGUUCAACCGAUUCAAGGUGCCAGGGGAGCCAGACCUGCAUGUUGACGAUCUAGAGGAGCUACUGAGAUUUCUGGGCUACUGCCUCGUCAAGCAGUCGUCGCUGGGAACCAUCGCGCAGAAGGUCACCUCGUACGACUAUAUGGAUUUCGGCGAGUUCUGCUCCUUUCUAGAGAGGUACGAGGCCCACGAGCAGCAGCUCUGCCGAGACAUCUUUGAGCGCAACGAUGCCGACGGCGGAGG